UGGGAAAGGUUGGUGGAGGUGGACGCUGUGGGCCAGGGGCCCGGCUCCUCCAGCAUGCCGGGUCAAUUGUGAGCUGUUCUGGGCAUUUCAGGAGCGGCAGAGCCAGAUCUCCAGUAUGUCUGUGUUGUGGCUGCUUCUGGGCCUCCUGGCCCUGGCUGACUCAUCUGAAAGCAGCAACUGGGGAUGCUACGGGAACAUCCAAACCCUGGACACCCCAGGAGCAUCCUGCGGGAUUGGAAGACGCCACGGCCUGACCUACUGUGGAGUCCGUGCUUCUGAAAGACUGGCUGAAAUAGACCUGCCUUACCUGCUGCGAUACCAGCCCAUCGUGCGGACGGUCGGCCGGAAGUACUGCGUGGAUCCUGCAGUGAUCGCUGGGGUUCUGUCCAGGGAGUCUCUCCGGGGCAGUAUUCCGAUCAACGUGGGUGUUCCGAUCAACAUGGCGCAGGACACAAACGCUUUUGCUCCCACAUCCUGGAUCAGCGAGUCCCAGGUUUCCCAGAUGACCAAGGUUCUGACUAGUCGAAUCAAAGAAAUCCAGAGGACAUUUCCAACCUGGACCCCCACCCAGUACCUGAGAGGAGGACUCUGUGCCUAUGGCGGGGGCGCUGGCUUUGUCAGAAGCAACGAGGACUUGAGCUGUGACUUCUGCAAUGAUGUUCUUGCGCGUGCCAAAUACUUCAAGAGACACGGCUUCUAGUACCUUGGGUGAAACCCAAGUUCAUUAUCACGCAGAGGCCGCAACUGUUACACGGAAAAUCUAGCCAAUUGGGCCUGCCAUUGAAAUCUCAGGUUGACCAGACAAGGUCAUCCGCAUAACUAUGAAUCACAUUAAAGGA